AUGUUAACAACACAGCUAAGAGACGUGACUGGAAUAAGUGUCCCAACACUCAUUUACAACUUGCCUCAAGAUUUCAAUGCUUUAGACUUUAAGGUUGUUAUAGACUGUGAUGGUGUUGAUCGCAUCCGAAACCAGUACAUAAAUCCUUCUCAUUCAGUGUUCGACAUCAUUCCACCCACCCUCGGCAAAUUUAUGCAAUUUUACAGGAACUUGCUCUCUGUGCUCCAACUUGCCGACAAUAUCCCACCCACAUCAUUACUGAAUGAGACUGAGACCAACGAAGAUGAUGUCUUACCUCUAAUUGAGGGUUGUUUAGAUUUACCAUUCUGUGACGAGCCAAAUGGCCCUUACUAUAUGGGUGGUGUGGGAGGAGGAUUGGGCUUAGAUACUUCCCAUCACAACGAGCUAGACACUCUAGUUGAUGAUGACAAGCCUGAUAUCUCAUAG